ACCAGACACUGUAACAUGAUGAAACGAGCCUUGCUAGUGUUGGUAGGCUCCCUAUUCUUCCUCCUGGCCUCGUCUCAAGACUGCUCCCUUCCUACUGACUCGGACAUUAUUGCUACUCUAUCAGUUCUCCUUCCUACUGGUGACAACAGCAUUCCUUAUUACCCAAACCUUACAGGGCCUGUCCAAUAUGUCUGCCAGGCUCAAGGGAGAAGGAUAAACACGUACAGAGCCGUUGGAAUGAUAGGAACCUUCACCCCAAAUCCAGGGGACUCUGAAGUUACCAGACUAUUUCAGAUGAGGUGCUAUUUUGGCUCAUGGGUAGCUGAGACUGGUGGCGGGGGGAUAUCCUUACCUCCCUCGAGUAUCAUUAAUGCUACAGUAAGGACUGACUGCUAUGUCUGCAGGAGAGGGUUUGGAGAUGACACAUGUAGAGAGUGUAACAGUGCUUGUGAUACUGGAUUAGAAAGAUGUACUGGACCAUAUUCAGAUCAAUGCUGUCUUGUAUUUUCAACUAGUGGAGAGUGUAGUCAUGAUUGUUCAUCCUCUGGAGUGAAUUAUGCAGCUAGUGAAGAAACUGAUUAUAACUGCACUUGUAACAAAACCUGCCCUGAUGGCUAUUCUAUUGAUUCAGAUUGCAUGAACUGUACAAAAGAUGAAGUGUCGUCAUCAAUGUAUAUCACAUCUUCUCAGUUCUCAAGUUCAUUGAUAGCUUCAUCAACAUUCUUCCUAAGCUCUUCCAGCUUCUUCUCAAGCUCUCUUGUAUUUUCUUCUUCAUCUUUCGUUGCUCUUCCCUCUCCGUCUCCUGUUCCCUGUGCUAUUAACAUUAGUAACUGCAUCCAGUGUAUUGGGGAUAUUGCUUGCUGUGAUCAGUGUGAUGAUGGAUAUAUUGUACUGAACUGUCAGUGUGCUCAAACUACAUCAAAUCAGUUAAAUUUGCUGUUUCUGUUGCUUAUAAUCCCGAUCUUUGUUGCCAUUGCCAUAGCAUUAGUUAAUGUCAUUAUCAUAAAAAGAGCUAGAUUAAAAAAGUAGGUUGCAACAUGAAGUGGACAGCAUUCAGAGUAGCAUAAAAAUCACUAGCAGUGUCUAAAUGCAUCACUUUAAUUAGAUUCAUGUGUGACCCUACAUUGCUCUUUAUACAUUAAAUAGAUUUAUUAUUUUCAUAUUCAUA